CGCGCGCGCAGCCAUGGCGGACGGGAGACUACACCUCCCGUGAGCCCCCGCGCGAUGGGCAGCAUGGAGUCAAGAGUGGCUGCGCUGGAGAGGCGGGUCCGCGGUUGCCUGUGCGACUUCGGCUUCGAGGUUUCUCCCCUCAAGGUUGGGUGGUACAAUGCUGUUCUUCAGCCAUCCUUUCAUCUCCGAUACUCCGAGGAUACACUGGCAUUCAUUGUCCUCAGCACGCCCUCAAUGUUUGACAGAGCCUUUAAACCCUUUGUGGACAAACAGCUGCUGAAGAAAAUCAAUGAUCCAGUGGAUCAGUGUGUUUCUUAUCAUCUGUCACUUGUGAAGGAGAGUCUCCCUGACCAGAGGGUGGACAUCAUUUAUGAUUAUGAGAUCCUGCCAAACCGGAAGCCCAAGUUUCUGGCCCAGACAGCUGCCCAUGUGGCUGGAGCAGCAUAUUACUACCAGAGGAAGGAUGUGAGGUGUGAUCCCUGGGGAGAAAAGAAGAUCUAUGGUGUUUGUAUCCAUCCCCGGUACGGAGGCUGGUUUGCUAUCCGAGGUCUCCUCAUAUUCCCAGAUGUUCAGGUGCCAUUCCUGGAACAGGUUGCCCCUGUUGAUUGUGUGGCUUCAGAGGAGAAGCGAAUAGAGCUGCUGAAGAAAUUCAAUUUCCACUGGCGGGACUGGAGCUAUAGGGACAUCAUUGAAGUGAAGGAACGGUACUCGGAGGAGCAGAAAGCCUACUUUGCAGCUCCUCCAGCAGAGAGAUUCAAAUGGCUAGAGCUGCAAGGAGUUGUCCAGAGAAGUGUGUACUGCUGAGUAACACGGUUCCGAGUGUGGGGCAGGGAAUGAACAGAGUGCCGCUCACAGACGCCCGCAUCCUCCAUAGCAGUUAUGAAGGGGUAUGUGACAGUUCAGAGGUGGCAGAUCCCACAUGAAUGAGUACUGGGUUUACAAUGGCACCAUGGUGCCGGGGCCCCAGCCUGGCACAGCCUGCUCCACGUUUGCUGUGCCUGGAGCAGCUGGCUUCUCUCUACCCCCAACCCCAACUCACCUCCCACCGCUCACUCGUCUCGGCCCACUGAGGGAUCCUCUCUGCCCCCGUUACAGCAGGCGACUGUCUUGGGGAGUUGGAGGGUCCCUCUGCCCCUCACCCGUGCAAGGAAAUGCCUCCUCCACCACAAGCACCAUCAGUGCCAGUCUAGACACCUGCCUCUUGGAUCAAGAUGGAGUAUCGCAUGCUGGGGUUUGUGGUCUGGCCCCAUCUUAUAGAGGAAGGUGGCUGCAGUCUGCUCCGUGUUCUAGCUAAUAGGACUGGAUUCCUCUGGCUCCUGGUAAGUUACCAGUUGGGCAAAGUUCGGGUGCCCGUGAGGCUAGGAGAUCCAGGCUGCUCUUUAGAAAUACUGAUUAUUUGUGGUCUAAUAGGACUUAUUUUUUUUAAAAGCUUAGUGGUUGUUUUUAUUCUAUUUAAUAAUAAGGAUUUACUGAGUUGUCUGCAACUGAACUGUGAAAUCACUUGCCUCUUUGUAUGACCUUAGAGGGGAGAUUUUUCAAACAUAUCUAGCACCCUUUCUUCUGUGAUGCAGUCUCUCAGCGGAGUGAAGGUUUUAAAGGACACUGUCACUUUCAAAUCUAGUCGUCUUCACUCAAGAUUAGGAAAAGGAGCUGGUUUAACUUGAUUGAAAACCCCUCUUACUACCACCACCACCCCAAAAUCACACACACACAAAACACUUAACACCCAUGUGGAUACAGUUCAACACGUUUAGUUCAAUUUUAGGAUCUUGCUUCAGCUGUAACUUCACAAGGUAAAAUGAUGGGAAAGCAGUUGCACUGUAUCUGUGCAGGUGCAGAGUGGGCUUUUCAAUCAAGAUCAAGCUCGGUUAGCGGGAAAAAAAACAUUUUUUCUUCUGGUCUUAGACAAGACCUGAGUUGAAGUUUUUCAAGUACUUCACUUGCCACAGCCACAUUGUGUGUGGGGAGGAGCGGGGGGGCUCAAUACGUAAAUGGGAAAGCUUCCUAAUUGAAUAACUAGGGGUAUCCACAAAGCUUACCAUACGUAAAAUGCUGCCAAAUGUAGAGUAAACAGGCUGAAAAGAGAGAGAGACUUCGAUUUUCUCUGAUCUGUGUGUUAGUGAUCAGAGGUGUUACUUGCAUCACUGGGUAAGAUAUCUUCAGAUGGACUGUGUCUUUUUAUGUUCGCUGAGCUCAAAGGAGCGCUGGAAGUCGGGGAUUAAUUUAUUUAGAAGCCAUUUGUAAGGCCAGAACCUUGUAUACUAAGCUGACAAUUAAUGGUGCAAUUUGAAAGGCUGCUUACUUCUUGGGCUCAAUCCUGCAAGGUGCUGAGCUCCUUCUCUUUUCCUUGACAUCAGCAGGAAUGUGGAGGGUGCUCUGCACCUAGAUUGUAAUUUGUGCUAUGGUUCUGCAUUGUUUGUUGUUUGGUACCCAGACCCUAAUGAUAUUAUUUAAUGUAUUCUGUCAUGGUCUGUGCUCAGGCUAGGUCCUCUUGCAGCAGGGCUACAAGCUUUAGUGCCUUUCUGCCCUUCUUCACACAUCCUAGGAGAGUUGGAACGUUCCAGUUCCCAACAGCAUCUGCUUUAUAAAUCACUUGCGUUUAGUCACUGUGAGCUCUGCCUACUGCCGCCCUAUAGCAAAUCAAACCCUUGCUCACGUUGGAGGUGAAGGUGUGUCCAUGGCAUAGAUGUCACGAGGAGCCCUGCCAAUUUCAGGGCUCAGAUUGAACAGCCCAAGCGAACGAAGUAUGGGGCUGGGAGACAGGCAGAGCAGGCUCCAGGCCCCAGCAUGCCAAGCGUGUGCUUGGGGCAGCAUGCCGUGGAGGGCGCUCUGCCGGUUGCCAGG